AUGCGCCUCCGACACCUCAUUUCACUCGCAGAUCCGCGUCUCUACACACCCACCAAUCUACGCAUCCGCUCCCACUGGCGCACCAUGGCCGCCGCACCACCGCCCAACCGGCCCAUCAAAGUCCUGAUGCUACACGGAUACACGCAAUCAGGGCCGCUAUUCCAAGCCAAAACAGGCGCCCUGCGGAAAACACUGCAAAAAGCAUUUCCCAGCGGUAUCGAGCUCGUGUACCCCACAGCCCCAAUACGCCUGACACCCGCCGACGAGUCGUUCCUAGCAGGCAGCACAGGUAAAGACGGGGGCGACAGCAACGCGAGCCGAGAAGAAGACGGCGACCAAGCGAUUGACGCGUGGGCGUGGUGGCGGCGCAAGGGAACCGGCGAGCCAUAUACAUACGAGGGCAUUGAGCAGGGCCUUGCACACAUAGCCUCUGUGCUGAAAGACCAAGGCCCCUUCGACGGCGUCAUCGGCUUCUCGCAGGGCGGCGCGGCUGCCGCCAUGCUCGCCUCACUGCUGGAACCCAACCGGCGCGCUGCCUUCGAAGCACAGUAUCCCGCGGGCGGGAUGCGGUAUCCAGAGAGCUUCGAAGCCGAGACGGGCUACGUCGAGGGCGCCAUCCACCCGCCGCUGAAAUUCGCAGUCUCGUACAGCGGGUUCGCGGCGCGCGGCAAGAACCCGUAUCACGCCUUCUACGAGCCGAAGAUCAAGACGCCUGUGCUGCAUUUCCUCGGGAGCCAGGAUGUCGUGGUCGAGGAGGCGCGCAGCCUGGCGCUUGUCGAGGCGUGCGAGAGGAGCGACGACAGGUUCGUCGUGUAUCAUCCUGGAGGCCACUUUUUGCCCAGCACGCAAAAGGCCAGUGUGAAUGCGUUGAUUGGGUUUAUCAAGGAGGUGUUGUGGGAGCACGAGGGCGACAAGAAGAAAGAGGAGAGUGUCGAGGAUAUGGAUGUGCCGUUUUGA